UUGCAAUGCAUAGUUUGAACAAGAAAAUCGUGAUGGGUGAUGAUGGUUAUGUUCUAGAAGACGUUCCUCAUUUGUUUGAUUACAUUCCUAAUCUUCCUACUUAUCCUAAUUCAUUGCAGGACAAUCCUUCAUAUUCAGUCGUUAAUCAGUAUUUUGUCGAUGAGGAUGAUACAGUUCCUCAAAACAUUGUUGUCCGCAAGAACACUCCAAGAGGGAUACAUUUUCAUCGAGCUGGUCCUUGUCAGAAAGUUUAUUUUAAGCCAGAAGAUGUUAAUGCAUGUAUUGUAACAUGUGGAGGGUUAUGUCCUGGUCUCAACACAGUUAUCAAGGAAAUAGUAUGUAGCCUAUACCAUAUGUAUGGUGUAAGCAGAGUUGUGGAGAUAGAUGGAGGAUAUCGAGGUUUCUAUUCAAAAAACACGAUUCCUUUGACACCCAAGGUUGUGAAUGAUAUCCAUAAACGUAGUGGAACCAUUCUUGGGACAUCUCGAGGAGGUCAUGUUACCAAGAAAAUAGUAGAUAGCAUUCAACAUCAGGGUAUAAAUCAGGUUUAUAUAAUUGAAGGAGAUGGAACCCAGAGAGGAGCAGCGGUGAUAUAUGAGGAAAUUAAAAGGCGUGGUCUCAAUGUUGCAGUUGUUGGAAUUCCCAAGACAAUUGAUAAUGAUAUACCAGUUAUUGACAAGUCUUUUGGUUUUGAUUCUGCAGUUGAGGAAGCCCAACAUGCUAUUAAUGCUGCUCAUGUUGAAGCUACCAAUUUUGAGAAUGGAAUUGGUGUUGUGAAGUUAAUGGGAUGGGAUAGUGGGUUCAUAGCGAUGUAUGCUAGUCUUGCUAGUCGAGAUGUUGACUGUUGUUUGAUUCCAAAAUCACAUUUCUAUCUUGAAGGACGUGGUGGAGUGUUUGAGUAUAUACAACAUAGGCUCAAAGAGAAUGGACACAUGGUUAUCGUCAUAGCUGAAGAUGCUUGAGCCAGACAAGAUCAUGAGCUAGUAAAAUCCGAUGUUGGGUUAUGGAUAAAGGAGCAUUUCUCGAAAUAAAAGAAGAUGGUGAUCAAUAUUAAAUAUAUAGAUCCGACAUACAUGAUUCGGGCUAUUUCGAGUAAUGCAUCUGACAAUGUGUAUUGCACUCUUCUUGCUUAAAGCGUUGUACAUGGAGCAAUGGCUGGCUACACAGGCUUUACGGUUGGUCCUGUCAAUAACAUACAUGCUUACAUACCCUUUAAUAGAAUCAUUGAGAAACAAAACAAGGUUGACAUUACGGAUAUGAUGUGGGCACGACUUCUAUCUUCAACAAAUCAACCUAGCUUCUUGAGAACGAGAAUUGAUAUAAUGGAAGCAAACAAGGACGAAGAACCACCUACUCUAUUAUCAGACGAUUCCACGACAGACGAUGGAGAAACAAAUCCUUGCUAAUUAGUAACUUUUUGAACAUUAUACAUUCCCUUGUAACGUUGAAAAACAAAUGUAAUUUGACAUUUUAUGAGAGAAUCCUACAGUUGUGUAAUCUCAAUUACCAUCUUGGUUAGUUUUACACCAUGUGUAUUUUGUGACUCUAAAU